AUGGGUCGGCCUGAUACGCCUUAUGCUCCGUCGGACGGUCCGACGAGCCCCAUAUCAUCCCAUAUGUUUUAUGAGGGUCAUAGCGUCGGGCUAUCACGUGAUAUAAAUCAUACAUGUUGUGGUGUGUUCUGGGUGAAUUAUCUCGGUGCCCCAUCGUUUGCACCUGAAUCCGAAGACUACCAGCUGGGAUCCGACCUGCGCGUGAAAACCGCGUGGCUGCAGACCGCACUCGCUAGAUUUCAAAAGAGGAUCAGAAGAAACCACCCUGUCCACUCGUACGUGGAAGAAAAGCCUGCUCCCACCGGUGUAGCAGCUGACGUCACCAGCAUUGUUCGCUGUUCGGUUGCGUCAAAUAAUAGCCCGUUAUUCGAUUUAGAUAUGCACGUUAUAACCCACAUCUGUGGUGAGCAACCUUUAGCUAAACUCAACACGUCGGGUUGGACUCACAUUAAUGCGUUACCGUUAGCCGAUCCAGGUUUUGACAUCCCUGGCCCUAUCGAUGUUUUGCUCGGCGCAGACGUUUUUGCUGAGUCGCUUCUUUCUCAGCGUAUAAAGGGCGAUAAUUCAAAUCAGCCACUAGCAAUUAAUUCGGUCUUUGGUUGGCUUCUGUUAGGUAGAACGCCACUUGUAACCUCAUCUUUGGUACAAGUCUCUUCGAAGGCUGACAGCGAGUUAGCCUCGAUCGUACAGCGUUUCUGGGAGGUGGACAGUGUUCCUCAAGCAUCACCUCUCACAAAUGAGGAGAUUUUGUGUGAGCAACUUUACGCGGCUGACCACUAUCGCGAUGUGCUUGGCAGGUAUGGAGUUCGUCUUCCCUUCAAGGACACGGUGGAACCGGUCUUUCAUGGUUCUCGUGAUGUUGCAUUAAGGCGAUUCCAUGCAAUCGAACGUCGCUUGUCACGUGAUCCUAUAGUACACCAACAAUAUCGCGAAUUCAUGGAUGACUAUGAGAAAUCCGGCCACAUGUCGUUAGUUAAAGCUGCAGAGCUCAACCAGGGUAAAUUUUACAUUCCGCACCAUUGCGUGUUGCGGCCAGAUAGCGUCACAACAAAAUUGCGCGUCGUCUUUGAUGCUUCUGCAAAGGACAUUAAAGGAAUUUCAUUAAAUGAUACCUUGCUAACGGGACCUAAAUUACAGUCCAAUAUCAUUGGGAUCCUCCUUCAUUAUCGACUUCACGCGGUUGUUUUUAUGGCUGACAUACGUCAGAUGUAUAGACAAAUUCUGGUCUCUGAUGAUCAUAGAGAUUACCAGAGAAUCCUUUGGAGGUCUGGCCCUGAUCAAUCGCUUAAAGAGUAUCGACUCAACACUGUAACGUAUGGCGUUUCAUCCGCACCGUUUCUGGCGUGUAGAACAAUUCAACAAUUGGCAGAGGACGAAGGUAAUCGUUUCCCUCUAGCCAAACAAAUUAUCUCAUCCGAUAUAUACGUUGACGAUAUCGUCACUGGUUGUGAAAGCUUGACCACUGCGUUAGAAGCUAAAUCACAAAUCGUUAAAUUAUUCGAACUAGGUCAUUUUGAACUUAGGAAAUGGGCUAGUAAUUCGCCAGGAUUGCUUUCAGAUCUUUCCCAGGAAGAGUGUCUUCUGGAUUCCAAAUCGUUCUCUGAUGAGCAAUAUCCUACACUCAAGGUACUUGGACUCAAAUGGAAUCCAAUAUCCGACUCAUUUUUAUUCGAUGUGAGCUCAUCCAAUCGACCGUGCACUAAGCGGAUUAUUCUUAGUGAGAUCGCUAAAAUAUUCGACCCGUUGGGCUUCCUAUCACCUCUCACGAUUCAAGUCAAAUGUUUGUUACAAAGACUCUGGCUUCUCGGAAUUUCCUGGGAUGAGCAACCUCCCGAAGGAAUCAUCAACCUAUGGGAGACUUUCUGUCAUCAGCUAUCAUCAAUCAAGGAGCUCAACAUUCCACGUCGUCUCACUUUUGAUGAUGUCAUAUCAUACGAACUGCACGGCUUUUGUGAUAGCUCGGAACUCGCUUACGGAGCAGUUAUUUAUCUACGCAUCCUAUGCGCUGACGGAUCUAUUCAUACUCGGCUGUUAUGCGCCAAGGCUCGUGUAGCUCCGCUUAAAAGACUUUCUUUGCCUCGACUUGAACUCUGUGGAGCUGUAACGCUCGCAGACCUCACACAACUCAUUCUUGACACGUAUCAGGCCAAAAUACCUAUCGAUUCAGUUUACCUUUGGUCCGAUUCGACUGUUGUUCUAUCUUGGCUUCGGUCGCACUCUUCGCGCUGGACCACGUUCGUCGCAAAUCGCGUCAGCCGCAUUCAGGAUACGAUUCCUGCGGAUUCCUGGCAUCAUGUCGCAUCUGGUGACAAUCCUGCGGAUUGUUGUGGUGUGUUCUGGGUGAAUUAUCUCUGUGCCCCAUCGUUUGCACCUGAAUCCGAAGACUACCAGCUGGGAUCCGACCUGCGCGUGAAAACCGCGUGGCUGCAGACCGCACUCGCUAGAUUUCAAAAGAGGAUCAGAAGAAACCACCCUGUCCACUCGUACGUGGAAGAAAAGCCUGCUCCCACCGGUAAGUGGUUGUUUAUUGGUGGUGGGCGAGCGAACCGCGAUUCGUAA